AUGGCUGACUCCGACGACGAUGCUGGUGGAGUCAUCCUGGAUGGCCCCUUUGACCCUGACGCCCAAGCUACCGUCACCGACUUCAUCGAUUAUACCGAAUACCUCCCUGCUGACAUCAUCCGCUCCCUCACUCUCAUCCGCGGCUUGGACGAGCGCUACCUGGAAGCCACUCAAGACGUACAUGAGCUCACCAAGACUUAUGGACAACUUCCUGACUUACCUACCGACGGACGUCCGGAUGCGCGCAAGUUGCGCAAGGACAUCUCCUCUCACCUCGACCGCGCGGUCAAUGCCCGCGAGUCCGCAUACGCUGAGGCAUGUCGCUUAUAUGAUGUCGUCGAUCGCCAUUUCAAUCGCCUAGACUGUAUCAAACAGAAGCUGGAGGCUCUCCCCAAACCAUCAACCGAUCCUGGCCCGCCGCGGACCGUUCCCGCCACCAAGCGUGGCCGAUCAAUCAAGAAGCGUGAUGAGGCGGCAGCGCCCACAACGCGCAUAACUUUGCGUUUAGAUAGCCAUGACCACACGAAGCCGACCCUGAAAUCCAGAACACGACGGUCAGUCCUCUCAGCGGAACAUCUGGCCGGCCUGCAUCCUGAUUCCCCGAUCGCCAGUACCGAGCAUUCAGACGUGGAGGUAGAAACCAAAGCUGUACCAUUAGGGUCGCCUGCAGAGCCAGCACAUCCCCAAGGCCGGAAAGAUAAACAAGGUAGGCGUUCGCGAACGUCACUAGGGACCCAUGCACAUAGCGGUAUAGCGAAUAUAUCGACAAGCAAUGCCCUGGCGUUGCUCAAGCCACCUCCUGAAGAUGCGAAGCCGGGUAGCGAGGACAUGCCAUGGUUGCGUCUGACAGAGUGGGAGAUGACUAAACUGCGUAAGAAGAUGAAGAAGAAUGCCGUCUGGCAGCCCAGUGAGGUGAUGAUACAUCGCGAAUUAGCUCUACGAGGCCGUGGCUGGGAGGCUUAUAGGGCCGCAAAGGCGCAAUCUGAGGCGAACGGAGCUGAAUUCAUUGACUGUGAUGAUAUCAUGAACAACUAUAUCCCAGGCAAGUUGACUAAACGGAGUGAAGCGACCAAGGACACAGAAGGCACUUUCGAGACAAAGUUGAGCAACCGGGGGAUGAAGCUCAACGAGGCGAAGAAGCUUAAGCGCGAAAACCAAGCGCGCGAGCAAGCGGCUGCCGCGGCGGCGGAGGCAGAAGCGGCCAAACGUCAGACGCAGGUAACCUCUCCUAUCAAGGUCCCAGUCCCCAACGUUGAUCACACUCAGGCUGGUAAACCAAGCAGAGCCGCGAAGAAAAGAAAACCAGACGAGAGCCCCGUCAUGGAAACUACGGCCGUCCCUCUGGCUGAUGCCGAAACACGGACUGCGCUGCGAAGUUCGUCAAAACGCCGUAAGACAAGCGACACGCCGAUGGAAUCAAGUGUUAGCGCCCCAAGUGCUUCAGCUACCACACCGUUAACCAACGUGCCCAUAGCCGUUUCUGAAAUACCCGAAACGAAGCCAACUCCCCCGCCGGCAUCGCCUAUCGUGUCUAAGCGCUCGGUCCCACCAUCUGGAGCUGUGACUGCCCCACCUACCAUAGAAGGUGCUACUUCAACUCCUCCCGUAACCCGACCCCCCUCCAGGCGCCGCUCUGCCGCCGCGUCGGCAGAGCCAGUCCCUUCGGUUGGACUCUUCACAGCAGGAAGGGAGCUUCGGCGAAAGAGCGCCACUCCUGCGCGCAAGACCCCUGUUCCAGAUGUUUCUCGAGCAGCCAGCGUGAGUGCGCCUGUCCGCCGCAGGAAGCGACCCGCUCCUGGUCCCGUAUCAUCAGGACGGGACGGUGGCGCUGCAGUCAGCUACGGCCGCCGUAAGGCUAAACCCACAAAGAAACGAGUUCGCGAGCACGGACCGAAGGACGGCGAUAUCCGUAUUGACGAAGAUGGCGUUCUAGAGGAGAUUGACCCUAAUGAGCCUCGGUAUUGCCUUUGCGGAGAUGUGAGCUUCGGCACGAUGAUCUGCUGUGAAAGUAAUGACUGCGACAGAGAAUGGUUCCACCUUGGUUGCGUCGGACUCUCUGAAGUUCCUAGUCGAACUGCCAAGUGGUAUUGCCCAGAGUGUCGCGUGAAGCACAAUAAGGGGACCGAUGGGAUUGUGAAGAUCGGCUCUCGUCGGUAG